AUGAGCAACAGUUCCCUUAGCGGCCUCUACCAGUCUGCCAAUAGUAGCACCUCGACCCUGCGCCCUCGAACCGGUCGUCUUAUAUCCUACCUGGACGAUGAGGGUACUCCUACCCAGUCCACCGCCAUAUCUACCUCCACGUCCUCUACCCCGCCACUAUUCCCCAGCAGAGGCGUCUCCCCCAACGACGCCGCGGUAUCGAGGUCCAAGUCGACGGACAGACCGAGGAACGGUCGAUCGAGUAAGACACAUGCGAGGUCAUCCUCGGGCACUUCAACCCCUACCGGAGGAAGUCAGGGGCUGUGGGAGCCAUGGACCUCGCUCCAGGGCUUCGCGUCCACGUUAUUAGGGAGUGAAGUGGCGGGCCCUUCGAAGGAGAAGGUCGCUGGCUCGUUCAAGAAGCCUCUAUGGAUGAAACAGGACAACCACUAUGGCUCGAAAAAGACCUUGCCACAAUGGGGUCCUUCGAUUCAGUCCACCACAAAUCUCAUCCAGGGUAGUGUCGAGGAGCGGCGGGCAAUGGUCCAGGCGAAGAAGAGGGAAGCCCUGCUGCUUGCAAGUGCAUCAGAGAACCGCGAUCGUCUGGGCAAAUUUAAGAGACGUGACUCGGACGCGGAGUCUGCCGCACCGACUCCCGCGGACCAGAAUGAGGAUGCCCUUGUUUACAUGCACAAAGUUGAGAAAGGGGACACGCUGGCUGGAAUCAUCAUCAAGUACAACUGCCAGCCUGACCUCUUCCGAAAGGUGAAUCGGUUCUGGCCCAACGACAACGUCCAAACACGAACGCAUGUUUUGGUCCCGCUGGAAGGCUCCACCAUCAAAGGCAGGAGAGUCGAGAGUCCAUACCUCUCCAAAGAUCUCUUUGAUCCAGAGUCCGACCACCUCUCUCCUCAAGAUAUCCCCGACGCCAAACCGAAGCGCCUCGACUCUCCAGCAUCCAAUGGUGUUCACAGCUCCUCUCGCGCAAACACGACCAUUUCCUCUGCUCUGACCUCGGAACCGAUAUCGCUCAUCACCUCUCUCUCCGAAGAUGUCGAGUUCAAACAUGACUGCUGGGUCAUGCUACCCAACUUCAAAGAAGCCACUGAGGUCCUUCGCGUGCCCCGUCGUGCAUUGGGCUACUUUCCUCGUGCCCGUCGAAAAUCGAACGCCACCCUUACGGCCUCGCCUUCGCCCACACCCAAAACCUCGUUCGAUACGCUCCGCCACCCACCCACUCACGCCGCACAGCUUUCUGCCUCGUUAAAUGCCUCUCCUGUCCGCCGUCCCAACUUUCCCUCGUCCCGGCUCAGCUCGUCUGGUCGUCAACGUUCUUCCAGUGUCACUGGAGGCAACCCCUUUGCUGAGGCCCUCCGCGGGCCCGGAGGGGUCGGCACCCUUCGCGGUCUUCGCACAGAAGCUUCUCGCCCGGGGCCAGCAGAGGACCCAUUGAAUCGCAAAUUCAACCAAUAUUUCCCAGACUUCCUGCCACCACCUGGGGAAAUCCCCCGGACGGGCUUCAGUGCGAAAAUAUCCACGUCCCGAUCUACGCCCCGCGCGAGCUCCGAGUCGGUACGAAGCCUACGCUCUAACUCGAAUGGCGCGGGUUUAACCGGCGACGUUGGCGGCGCGAUCGAAGGGUGGAUGAGGAAGAUGGCCGGCGCGGGAGCAAAGAGGGAACGCAACGGCGCCGUUGACCGAAUGGGCGACCUGAUCGAACUGGAGACAAACUCGGAAUUCCACGAAGACAGGCACAUUCAAACAAAGCCGGUCGAAAGCGACGGAGGCAGGGGAGUGGGCGUGGAUGAGAUAGCAACAACACCCGCCGCCGCCGCCGCCGGCACGACGGGGUCUGCUACCGAAGAAGCGCUCUUGAACGAGAGAUUUCCCAUGAGGGGCAGAGUGAGGAACGCAUACGCCCCUCAUCAGAGGUCAGGGGGCUGA